UAAAAGGUCAUGUCCGUCACCAGAAAUUGUUUCAUGUCACAUCCAGCUGUUUACUUGUGAGUGAAAGAGAAGAGAGACCUAAUAAUUGAUAAUAAAUAAUAAAAUAUAAACAUUUAGCGAGAUUACUGUAGUGGUAGAGUAGUGAAUGUGAAUAUUAUUGAAUAUCGCGAGUGUAGUCUCGUAAUUCGCAAUCAAAGUACAAGGUUCUUACAAAAACGAUCAGAUUAAAUUAUAUAUUACACUUCAAGUAUGAAAAAAUAGUCAAUUAUAAGUUGUCUUCUACAUAUGGAAAAUGUCGCAAACUUUUAGUAAAAUAAUUCCAGCAACAGCCCCUAUUGGGGUUUCAUGUAUUGAUUAUGUGCAUCCCUGGACACAGAGUUGUCUUAACGCCACAUGUGGACUAUAUUUAUAUUGCAUUUUCGACUCGUUCAGAGUUUACAGUACUGUUUACUUGUUAACACUGUUAAUGAAGGGUCGCGUUCCUACAAAAGAAGACAUAAAAAAGACUUUUUAUGGAAUACUUCAAUCAACAGCUUUUUUAAGUGGUACAGGAAUGGGCUAUUCUUUAUUUCUGUGUUUAUUGAGAAAAGUAUUAGGUAAUUUCAACAUUUUGACCGUAUCGGCCAUUCCAGCGUUUCUUUCUAGUGUUUUUGCAAUACUUAUCGAAAGACCUAGUAGAAGAACUCUUUUGGCCUUAUAUGUUAGCAAUGUAGCCACAGAAACUUUAUGGAAUAUGGCUAGGUCUCGAGAUAUGGUUGGCGAUAUAAAAUAUGGAAAUGUGGCUAUAUUUAGCAUAAGUAUGGCAAUUUUAUCUUUUUAUUUUAAGAGUGGUUUACAUACAAAUUCGGAUGAUUGUUAUAGCGAUCCAAUGUUUAGGGUUAUGAGGUUUGUGUGUGGGCCUUACGAGCAAAAGGGUUACACUUCUAUACCCGAUCAACCUAACAGUUUCCAUAGGGAAACUGAAUAUAAUAGAAUGAGUUCAUCCGAAAACUCAAAUUGGCAGACUAGAAAACGAAAAAAUGUCGUUUUAAAUUUGGCCAACCAGAUGUUGAAGAUAUAUAAUAAAUUUUUAAACAAAAUAAAGAGCUGUGAUAGACACCAUGCUUGUCAACAUCCAUUUAGUUGUUUGUAUUAUACUGUUGAGGGCACUGGACGAAUGUUCUCUUUAGGAUUAGGGCUACAAGUAGCUUUAAAAUUAGUUUUAAAUUUGCCAACAAUAGUAAAAUCUCCUGGUACAAUGAAAAACAUUUUAUUUAGGAAACAGAACCUGAAUCUAGCCAUGUUUUUAGGAUUUUACAAUGGAAUAUUUAGGGGAUGUUUAUGUCUUUUGAGGAGGAUUAGAGGAACAGACAGCUCUCUGCACGCAAUGCUUGCGGGCUUAAUUGCAGGAACUGCGUUUGUUAAAUAUCCCGAUUCAACUGUGUCCUUAUAUGUGUUAUGGAAAGUAGCUCAGAUUACAUAUAAUUUGGGUAUAGAAAAGGGUAUUGUUCCCAAUGUUCCUGGUUUCACGGAAUUUUUAUACUGCUUUAGUACAGCCGUCCUGUUCCACGCUGCAAUAUUGGAACCAACAAAUCUCAGACCAAGUUAUUGGAAAUUUUUGCAUUCCAUUUCUGGCGGAAGGAUUGCUUGCAUGGCCAGGGAUCCAUUGGAUAUUUGGGGCCUCAAUACUUCAGACUCUCUUAAUACUGUUUUAACGCAGACAAAAACCAUACCAAUUUUAAAAAAUAUAUUAGUUUAAUUUUUAUUAUAUACAUUUUUUGUAUUACUUUGUUAAUUAUUGAAUAGAGUCGAAUGAAUAAGGUUUAUAGUAGAGAAUAAUACCAAAGGAUAGUCAAUAGGUAUAGCGGAUAUAUGAGGUCUAUUUUAAACAUGUUGUUGGCAUAAAACAUAAUUUGUCAACAUUUUAAUAAUUAGUUUGUACACAAGUUUCAAAGUUUAAAAUAUUAUUAUGGAAGGGUUUUAUACUAUUUUUUUUACUUUAUUUAAAAAACUUUAAAAUUAACGUUCAUAAAUGUGUUUUUUUUAUCGCGAUGUUAAAAUUGUUAUUUUGAAAACAUGGAAACCGUUAGAGAUAAAGGAACGAUUAAAUUACAAAAAUGGUGAACUUUUAAGGAGUCAACAAAACGACAAAACAUUCAUAAGAUCUCUUACUAAACUCCUGGACAAAAUUAACGCAACAUCAUAAAUUUGCCACAUUUUUGAUGCUAUUUUUUUUUUUUUUGAAUUUAUGAUCCGAUUUGAAUGAUUUUUUUUCAUUAUAGGUUGGUUUCUUGACAAUGUCAUAAUUUUCACUGUUUUUGAUAAAAAGUUCCUUUUCGAUUUAUACCGGGUGUAAUAAAAAUAUAAUGUUUUUCCGAAAAUUCGCAACACCCUGUGGAGUAUACUAG